CCUAGUCCACUUGGGGACCUGCUGCCCUUCUGAGGGGUCUGUGGCUCCCGGGAGAGGGUGGGUCUCCAGGACAAGGGUCCAUGGUGCAUGACUCUGGAGCCACUCCCGAGGCUGUGUCGUCCCCGUGCCACGCAGGUCAGAGGGUCCCUGCAGACGGUGCUCAGGCUGGGGCUGAGAGAGCCCGCACAGGAGCCCCAUGUGGAACCCAAGGACGCAGCCGCCCUGCUGAGAGCACGGCGGCCCACCCUUCGAGACGGUGACCUCAAAACAACGGUGGCGCUCGGCCCUCCACCUCCGGCGGGGGCGGGGGCCACCCACCUCCAAGUCCCCAGCCAUGACGACCUCUGCACUCCGACGCCAGGUGAAGAACAUCGUGCACAACUACUCUGAGGCAGAGAUCAAGGUGCGUGAGGCCACCAGCAACGACCCCUGGGGUCCACCCAGCUCGCUCAUGUCAGAGAUUGCAGACCUGACCUUCAACACAGUAGCCUUUGCAGAGGUCAUGGGCAUGCUAUGGAGGCGGCUUAAUGACAGUGGCAAGAAUUGGCGGCAUGUGUACAAGGCACUGACGCUACUGGAUUACCUGCUGAAGACAGGCUCCGAGCGUGUAGCCCACCAGUGCCGGGAGAACCUCUACACCAUCCAGACACUCAAGGACUUCCAGUACAUUGAUCGUGAUGGCAAAGACCAGGGAGUCAAUGUGCGUGAGAAGGUCAAGCAGGUGAUGGCCCUGCUCAAGGAUGAGGAGCGCCUGCGACAGGAGCGAACACACGCACUCAAGACCAAGGAGCGCAUGGCGCUGGAGGGCAUGGGCAUUGGCAGUGGGCAGCUGGGCUUCAGCCGCCGCCACGGUGAUGAUCACAGCUGUUCUCGGGGUUCCCCAUCCUCCUACACCUCUGCUUCCUCAUCCCCCCGUUAUACCUCGGACCUGGAGCAGGCGCGGCCUCAGACGUCAGGAGAAGAGGAGCUGCAACUACAGCUGGCGCUGGCCAUGAGCCGCGAGGAGGCCGAGAAGCCAGUCCCCCCAGCCUCCCACAGGGAUGAGGACCUGCAACUGCAGCUGGCUCUACGUCUGAGCCAGCAGGAGCAUGAGAAGGAGGUGAAGUCGUGGCAGGGAGAUGACUCUCCAGUAGCCAAUGGUGCAGGGGCCGCCUUCCACCAUCAGCGAGACAAAGAGCCUGGUAAAGAUGAGAGAAAGGAAGAGGAAAAGCUAAAAGCCAGUCAGUCCUCCAUCCUGGACUUGGCUGACAUCUUCGUACCUGCCCCGGCCCCGCCCUCCACACACUGCUCUGCUGACCCAUGGGACAUCCCAGGUCUCAGGCCAAGCACAGAGCCCAGUGGCUCCUCCUGGGGACCCUCUGCAGACCCCUGGUCUCCAGUUCCCUCAGGAAACACCCUUUCUCGAGGCCAGCCUUGGGACUUGCUUCCUACACUCUCCUCAUCUGAGCCCUGGGGCAGGACCCCAGUGCUGCCUGCUGGACCCCCCACCACAGACCCCUGGACACCAAAAUCUCCCCAUGGCAAACUUUCCAGCACUGGGGCUGACCCUUGGGGAAGCUCUGUUGAGACGUCUGACACACCUGGGGGUACCUCGACUUUUGACCCAUUUGCCAAACCUCCAGAAUCCUCAGAAACCAAGGGGCUGGAAUGUGUCCAGGCCCUGCCCUCAGGGAGGCCCAGCAGUCCUUUAGAGCUGGACCUGUUUGGAGAGCCCAGCCCCAGUUCCAAGCAAAAUGGCACAAAGGAGCCAGAUGCCUUUGACCUGGCUAUAGUAGGAGAGGUGCUAACGCAGCCCAGCAAGGAGGCGCGCCCCUGCCGGACUCCAGAGUCCUUCCUGGGCCCCUCGGCCUCUUCGUUGGUCAACCUUGAUUCACUGGUCAGGCCACCCCAAGCUGCAAAGACCCGGAACCCCUUCCUGACAGGUCUCAGCGCUCCGUCCCCCACCAACCCCUUUGGAGCGGGUGAACAGGGCAGGAUGACCCUGAAUCAGAUGCGCACCGGAUCGCCAGCGCUGGGCCUGGCGGCGGGCGGGCCAGUCGGUGUGCCCCUGGGCUCCAUGACCUACAGCGCCUCCCUGCCCCUCCCGCUCAGCAGCGUGCCGGUCGGCGUGACCCUCCCCGCCUCGGUCAGCGUUUUCCCGCAGGCCGGCGCCUUCGCCCCGCCGCCCGCCAUCACGCAGCAGCCGCUGCUGCACACGUCCAGCUCAGCUGCACCUCUGCACCCGCCCCCGCAGACCGGUACCAACCCCUUCCUCUGAGCCGCACCGCG